AUCAUACCAAUCUACAACAGCGUCUUCAGCUUUUCAUUUCAAUUUCGAAGCGAAAACCAAAAAUUUCAAAAAUGAAAUUUCUCGUAUUAUUAGCAGUGAGCUUGACUGUAGCAGCAGCUUUGCCAUUGGCAGUUUUCGAAGAUGAAAACGGCGAAGAAUUCGCUCUGGUUCCUCUUCAAAGGCAAAGAAGGGAUACGACCUGGGGAGCAAACCAAGGAGGGUUCAGUUUAGGCCAGAAGGGAACUUUGUUCGACAAUGGAAACCACAGAUUGGACGGAUCUCUUAGCGGAUCAAAGGCUUGGGGAUCACAUGGACUUAAACCCGACUCGUACAAUGGCCGCUUGGACUACUCGCAUCAAUCUAGUGGAUCAGGAGCUUUCGUCAGUGCCGAUAGAACUCCAGGUUGGGGCACUGAUGUCAAUGCAGGAGCUAAAUACAAUAUCGCUGGAGGAAAAAACUGGAAUGCUGACGUUACUGGACAAUAUGGAAGGCAUUUUGGCGGUCCAGGAGUUGGUUUGACUGUAGCAGCAGCUUUGCCAUUGGCAGUUUUCGAAGAUGAAAACGGCGAAGAAUUCGCUCUGGUUCCCCUUCAAAGGCAAAGAAGGGAUACGACCUGGGGAGCAAACCAAGGAGGUUUCAGUUUAGGCCAGAAGGGAACUCUAUACAACAACGGAAUCCACAGAUUGGACGGAUCUAUUAGCGGAUCAAAGGCUUGGGGAUCACAUGGACUUAAACCCGACUCGUACAAUGGCCGUUUGGACUACGGACACCAACCCAGCGGAUCAGGAGCCUUCAUCAGCGCCGAUAGAACGCCAGGUUGGGGCACUGAUGUCAAUGCAGGAGCUAAAUACAAUAUCGCUGGAGGGAAAAACUGGAAUGCUGAUAUCACUGGACAAUAUGGAAGGCACUUCGGAGGUCCCUUCGGUACCGGAAAACCACAAGCAGGAGUUAUGUUGAACGUUGGAGGAAAAUUCUAAUUUUCAAAGCUUUAAUUUAAUAGAUCUCUUUUAAUUAAAAAUGUACAUACUUAAUUAGAAUACAAUUAUAAUAAAGUUAAUUAGUAUCAAA